AUGUACAGCUUCAUGGGUGGCGGCCUCUUCUGUGCCUGGGUGGGGACCAUCCUCCUGGUGGUGGCCACAGCGACAGACCACUGGAUGCAGUACCGGCUGUCGGGGUCCUUCGCCCACCAGGGCCUGUGGCGGUAUUGCCUGGGCAGCAAGUGCUACCUGCAGACGGACAGCAUCGCAUACUGGAAUGCCACCCGGGCCUUCAUGAUCCUGUCUUCCCUGUGUGCCACCUCCGGCAUCAUCAUGGGCAUCCUGGCCUUGGCUCAGCAGCCCUCCUUUGCCCGCCUCUCCCGGCCCUUCUCCGCGGGCAUCAUGUUUUUUGCCUCCACCUUUUUCGUGCUGUUGGCCUUGGCCAUCUACACUGGAGUCACCGUCAGCUUCCUCGGUCGCCGCUUCGGGGACUGGCGCUUUUCCUGGUCUUAUAUCGUGGGCUGGGUGGCCCUCCUCAUGACUUUCUUUGCAGGUAUUUUCUACAUGUGUGCCUACCGGAUGCAUGAAUGCCGGCGCCUGUCCACUCCCCGCUGAGCCCACAUCCAUAUGCAUCCCGGACCCACCUGCA